CACAGACAGUAGUGAUGGAGUCGGAGAAGAAGCUUACGAAUCCUAUGAGGGAUAUUAAAGUUCAAAAACUUGUUCUAAACAUAUCUGUUGGUGAAAGUGGUGAUCGUCUCACCAGAGCUGCUAAGGUGGUGGAGCAGUUGACUGGACAAGCCCCUGUGUUUUCGAAGGCUAAGAACACUGUAGGGUCGUUUGGGAUUAGGCGUAAUGAAAAGACUGCUUGUCAUGUAACUGUAAGAGGUGACAAGGCAACGGAACUUCUUGAGAGGGGAUUGAAAGUUAAGGAAUAUGAGCUUUUGAGAAGGAAUUUCAGUGAUACUGGUUGUUUUGGAUUCGGUGUUCAAGAACAUAUCGAUCUUGGAUUGAAAUACGACCCUUCCACCGGUAUCUAUGGUUUGGAUUUCUACGCAGUUCUGGAGCGCCCAGGGUACCGUGUUAGUCGUCGCCGUAGAUGCAAGGCUAGAGUUGGAAUUGAACACAGAGUUUCAAAGGAGGAUGCAAUGAAGUGGUUCCAGUCUAAAUAUGAGGGUGUAAUUCUUAACAAGUCUCAGUAAAACACUGCAUAGUUUUCGAAGAGUGCUACGUCUCAUCUAACAGGAUGAUUUUCAUGAGUAAAGAUUUUUCCUUAAAUUUUAUUCGCUUGUUAUAUCUACUGUGUUCUUAACUUCUGUGUUAUAUUUUUGUUGUAAAUAAGAACCUCUUUCUCGAAAAAAGAUCUGGGAAAUGAGAGUUUGGUUAACCUUAAUAAUUGUUGGUUCCAACUGCGAACCAACCCAGUACAGGAUGAUUGCUGUGUGAUUAUAACUGAGGGUGGAUUGCAAGUUAAGGAGUAUGAACUUUUGAAAAAAAAAUCAGUGAUACUGGUUGU